AUGUCGGACUGUUUGAACCCUUUUGCUGCCCUUCUGCAACCAGCACAACUUGCGGCGGCCUUUCAACAGAAUAAUGCGGAUAUAACUGCAUUGUCGACGACCUCGAACUCGUCACCACCGUAUUCGCAGGCGGGCACCGAACAAAUGCAAUACUCGACGCCGGAGUCAUGUACGGAUCAACGCACGGAGACACCGUCAUCGGAUCAGUUGAACGGUGAAUUCCCGGUAUCGAACGGGUUCUCGCCUGACAAUGGCACAGGCUCCGAUAGGGAUCCGUCACCCGACUGUGUCUCUACCUCUUCAUCCGGUGAAGCACACCUUCUAGGCUCAAAGAUGAUCUCAGCGGAAGACGCAGAGCUGCAGCGGCAAAUACUGCGUCUUCAAGCGUUCAAUGACGAGGUUCACGACAAAAAACCCGCGUUGAAUCUGCUGACAUCAUUGCACAACAACCCGUUGUUGGCCGAAAAACUGGCCAGUUGCAUGAUUCCCGGUAUUCCGACACCGCAGGCGGCUACAGUACCACUUGCGGCGUCACUAGCUCAGACUCCUAACGCGCAUGAUGUCACGCCGACAAAACGGAAGCGGCAAAGAAGAAAUCCCGUUUGGCCGUAUUUCGACGUCGUAGAUGGUACAGCUAGAUGUAAACAAUGUUUAUACAGUACGAAAUCUGUAUUCAGUACAAAUCUAAAAGUACACCUACGAUCACAUCAUAGAGCGGAUUAUGAGAAGGUGAUUCAAGCAGAAGAUGCACUGAACCUGAAUGCUUUGCUUUUAAGCGGCAAUUCAAGUAAACUAUUCUCGACCGAUUUGACGCGAAAACGAAUGCCACCAAUGACAAGUAGCAUAUUGAUGACGAUCAAUAAAUUAGCAAGUCAAUCAGCCGGUGAUGACAACCCGUUGAACAGCGUGCUGCGACAAACUCUAGCUGCCGGGACGCUGAAUCAGCAACUACAACAAGUACAAAAUCAGUUACAGGCUCAAGCUCAACAGAAACAGCAACAACAACAGCAACAACAACAGCAGCAACAACAACAACAGCAUCAACAACAACAACCAUCUCAUCAACAACAACAGGUUCCAUUGACGUUGAACGCCGCAAAUCUGGCAGCAUUGAAUCAAAUGGCUCGGAAUCAGCUGAAUGCUACGCCACAACCUCUUCUCGGCAUGACACCUGAACAAUUCACCAGCCAUUUCAACUUUCUAAAUCCGAUCAAAAGAGAUCUGCCAUCAGCACCACACGGCACCGAUGCGAACGGAAUGCCUCAACCGAAACGUCGUCGAUUACGUCGACAUCCUGUGUGGAUGUUCUUCAAGGAUCUAGAAGAUAGGAUGGUCGGAUGCAUCAAUUGCAAUUUCCGGACAGGAUCCGCUUUCAGCACAAACCUCAAGAUGCAUCUGAAAGCUCAUCAUAAGGACGAUUACGAGAGGGUUUUGAAACUCGAAGGCGAUAUGCGUGUCGAGGAGAAUGUCACCGGGCCACCGAAUAAAAUUAAGAACGAACUGAUCGAUUUUAUUCGUGGAGGUGGAAAUGCUAGCACUGCAAGUGCAGCAAAUCCUUCUGCUCCUCGAGCUUCUCCGCUGAUUCAACAGUUCAUCAGUCAGACCAUGGCAGCACGUCAUUCAGGUGAUCCAGCUGUGAAGAAAGAAAGCCUCGACGAUGAUCCAUUCAAUGCUAUGUCCAUGUCGGAUAAGUUAGCUGCACUGGUGGGACUUGUCCCAGGAUCCGGUGUAGUUGAAGGUGAAAUCAAACACGAGGAUGAGGCUGAGGAGCCUGUGGCUACGGUACAGAAUGCCUUCGAUGAGAUCCGACGAGCAGCAGACAAUAUGCUGGCGGCUAACAUGGGACUUGCUCCUCCACCUCAGGAGCAGACCAUCGUAAAUCUGAACGGGUCUGUUGUGACCAGUGAAACGCAGUCAACAUCGUCUACGUCUACUGACGAAUCCGAUGAGAAGAAGGUUGAUAGGGACAUGGCUUUGGCGAAGUUCUGGUUCUCUGAAGGUGCCAACAAUAACUUGCUCCAGAGCGAAUUGUUUAAGGCGAUGGGCGAAUCUGUGUGUCCUGACACGAAUGCCAUUUCUGCACUAACCUGUCUGAAUCAACUAAUGUCCAGCUCCUUGAACGAGAGCGUAGAUUGCGCCGGGACUUCUGCAGAACCACCGGCAAUACCUGCCGUUGACGUGACAUCACUGACAUACGACGGAUUAUUCGACACUCUAACAUCACUCCAGAAAACCUUCGAUGCGGACGAGUUGACGUCUUUCGUUGUGGUGAUCCAGUUGCUAAAAGGUUCGGCGAAGAAUGAUGAAGAGCGGGUGAUUGUGGAUACUGUAGCGGCAGGCUUGGAGCGUAUUUACGACUUGAACUUUGAGACAGAUCGAAGUGAACGAACGAAGAAACUUAUUUCGGAAAAAAUGAAGCUAAAGCGAUUAUUCGAAACGUCAGAACAACGUGAGCAUCGUCUACAACGAAUGAAAGAACGAUAUAGGUUGCAAAAAGAUACCGUAAACGGUAGUAAACCGGACAAACGUAGGAAAGAAUACCGUCAUGACAGCCCUUCCGUCAGCGAUUCUGAUGAUAUCGUGGCUCGAGCGAAAGAGGAUCGACUACGACGACUGCGUGACUAUCAACGGAAGCGACUUUUGAACGAGAAACCCGAGCAAAGAGCGCGACGACUGGCGAAAAUGCGUGAAAAUCAGAAACUACGUCGCGCACGGCAGCUUGCAAGUCGUAACGUCGUAUCUGCGGUUGGUAUGGACUUUGUCCGCUCCCUGGCUCCAGACUACGAGAUUCCGGAAGCUGGAGAUUUAGUCGGUCUUGUUGAUGCUGAUCAUCAGCAGCAACAACAACAACAUCAUCAACAACAGUAG